AUGGAAGUAGAUACAUUGGACAUAAUACCACACGAUAGCAACAAUGGCUGCGGCGGUGGUACAACAAUGAAAUCCACCUGCCUCGGAAAGAGAAAGGAGUACAUGCACCAUGACACUAGUCAGCUGUCGGAGCGCAAAAAGAAGGAGAUGAGAAUCCGUUUAUUGUUAACGAAGCCUUCCUACGCUCUCGGACUCUGUCCUAAACCUUUCAGAUCGGAACAUCGUCGGAGAUUGCAGUACCUGCUGCGUAGGCUAGUUAAUCAACAAGAUUGGGUUGGAGCUUGUGGUGUUCUUAGUGUUUACUUGAAAGGAACUAUUAAGGAUACUUCUAUCUUGAAGAAUCGUUUCAAAUUUUGGGCUUUACUAGAGCUUCUUAAGCAUGUGGGAAACCAUUCUAUGAAUUUAAAAAGGAUCACGAAUCUCUACGACGUUUGGUCAAAGAAGAUUGGAUCACUGAAGAUUCGAUCAAUGAAGACUUGGGCAGUAGAGAGUAGACGUGCAGUUCUUUUGGAGUUCUUGUUGUUCCAUUUCAUGCAAGGCAAUGCUGUGGAGGCAUAUCAGCUUGCUCUAUGCAUUGAGCAAGAGAAUGUUGAUAUUGAUCCUGUUUCAAAGAUGAUGUUGGGUUUGACAUUCUAUGAGCUGUGGUAUUCUUCUAUUCCCGAAGAAUUUCAAUGGAGAGCUUCAGAUCAAAUUGACGGUCAAGAGAACUCACAUACAGAGGAAACUUCAUUCAGCAACGAAGUUAGACAAUCAGAGUGGCAUAAUACAGUUGAGUCGCACAUGGCAGACUCCCAAUAUCAAUGCCACUCAAAUUCAUCUGUCAUGAAUAAUAGGCAAAUGUCCAAGGAUGUUGGCUUCAAUAAUGAUAUGAUUGUUCCCAUGGAUGUUGAUGCUAACCAUAAAAGAGAAAAAUUGAGUCAAAUCUUUCAGCCGCAAGAUUUUUACUUGACUUCUGAUGAAAAUCAAGUAACGGGAGACCCUUUUUCUAACAGCGGAAGUCUUACACAAGAUAUCUUGAAUGCACUCGGGAAGCUUGAUUUGUGGUUGCUGCCCUUGCGUUUUGAGAAUGUGAAUGGUUUGUUGGAGUUCAUGAUCAUGCACAGAAAUCAAUUUAACGAGUACUAUAACAAUGCAUUAGAGUAUUUAAAACUAGCUCUUAACUCAACAUCCUUUGCAUCAGCAGCAUUGCUUCCUUUAAUACAGCUGCUGCUGAUUGGAGGUCAAGUUAAUGAGGCUUUAACUCUGCUUGAGCAACAAUGCGAUAAUUCAUACUCCGUCCUCCCAAUUAGAUUACGAGCGGUUCUCAUGGAGCAUUUUGAUCGAAACAACCGUGUCUUGAUUCAAAGUUAUGAGGAUAUAUUAAAGAAGGAUCCAACCUGUUAUGAUUCUUUAGCAAAACUUAUAAAGAUGCACCAAGAAGGAGAUUAUAGUCUUGAAUCUCUUCUGGAAAUGGUUGCUUCACAUUUGGAUGCUACAGAUGCAGAGUACAAUACAUGGAUGGUGCUAGCUAUCUGUUUUUCUAAAUUGUCUCUCUAUGAAGAUGACCUCUUGUCAACAUGCUCCAUUCAAAAUGAUAAAGUACAGGGCCUGCAACAUUCCUCCUCUCGCGAAACCCCAAAAUUUUUUACAGGGGAUAUAUCAGCAGAAACUUGGAAUGUUCGAUGUCGGUGGUGGCUACACAAAUAUUUCAGCAGUAGCCAGUUUGAAUCAAACAUUAAAAGUGGUGAUUUAAAGUUACUCACAUACAAAGCAGCAUGUGCAUUGUACAUGUAUGGACAAGAGUUCAGGUAUUUUGACAUGUAUGGACAAGAGUUCAGCUAUUUUGUGAAGGCCUAUUCUCAUUUAGAAAAAGAAAAUGACAAGGAUUUAUUGCUAUUCUUGGCUGAGCACAAGAGAAAUUCAUAUGUAAUUUACAAAAAAAAACUCAACUAA